AUGGCAACUCAUGAAACCGUCACCGACGUCUACGGACCAGGAACGUUCACCGAUGUCGACUUCACACCAGUCCCUCAAGAUGCUCGAAGAGUGCUUGAGUACUUUGCUAAGAAGACACCGGGCUUCAACAGUGAUCCCGCAUUCCUGGACAACGUCAAGUUCACUGGUGGCGAUCUGCCAAUCCUCCCAGGGCCCAUUAAAGCACAAGUGCUGUCAGCAGUAUGCCAAGGCAUGAUCGGCCUCGCAGCAAAAGAAGUCUCCGCUCUCAAAGGCAUCGAGACAGGAUCUAUCCACGUCGACACAGACCUCGUCGGUCUCUACCCAGCAACCGUCGGACUCGUUGAAAUCGACGGCAUGGACGCCACCGAGAUUCAGAAAUCUGGCCUCCUCCAACGAGUAGGUCUUGACGUCGACAAGGGCGUCAUCUCCAAAAAUCCUAUGCGUUUCCGCUCGUGGGCAAUCUUCCCAACCCGAGAGGAGAACGUCAACUUCCAGAUCUUGAGCAGUCUCGAUCCACCUGGCUUCCUGAAAGUCUUUGGCUUGGAGGCAGAUGACCCGAGUGUCAAGACGAACGAGGAAGCCUACGAGAAGAUCAAAUCUGUAACGACAAAGUACUCCGCCCGCGAGCUGGAACACAUUUGUAUUGAGCACGGAUUCUGCGGACAGACUUGUCUCUCGCCACAGGCAUGGAGGGAGACGAUGAUGGGCAAAUCGCUGGCGAAGCACCCCAUGAUCAACUACAAACAAGUCCGUGGAACCGAAAGCAUACCACCCGCCCCGUUACCCAAGACGAGCGACAAACGUCCUUUGGCAGGCAUCAAAGUCGUCGAACUCUCCCGCGUCAUCGCCGGUCCAGCAGUUGGCACCGCACUCGCGGCCCUGGGGGCCGAUGUGAUCAAAGUGCAGUCGCCCCACCUGCCAGACCUGCAAUUCCUCUCCAUAACCCUCAUGGCCGGCAAGAGAGUCGUCCAACUCGACCUGACCAAAGCCUCCGACCGCGACCAACUCCUCUCCAUCCUCGAAGACGCAGACGUAGUCGUGCAAGCCUUCCGCAUGAAAUCCCUCGAACGGAAAGGCUUGGGAUUAGACGACAUGGUCGAGCUCGCCAAGAAGCGCAACAAGGGAAUGGUCUACGUCGACAUCAACUGCUACGGUCCCGACGGGUACUACACCGAAAGACCAGGCUACCAACAAAUCGCCGACUGCGCCUCAGGCUGCAGCUACGUCAACGGCAAAGCCUACGGUCUCGACGAAGGGACUUCUGUUCUGCCUUCCCUGCCUAUCGCGGAUAUGCUCACAGGCGCCGUGGGCACGCUCGUCACCCUCCUCGCGAUCCGCGAUCGCACGAAGCAGGGAGGCUCAUAUCACUCCCACGUCGCGCUCGUCUCCCUCGACACCGCGCAGCUCGAACAGGAAGUCGGACUCUACCCACCUCAAAUCGUCUCCCAGGUCCAAUCGAAGUUCAACUUCGCGCCUAUGAGACCGCAGCAUAUGGUUACCGAUCUGCUGAAUAUCAUAAUUGCGGGAUGGAGAGGUAACGAGGAGAAAGUGUCUGAGAGGGAGGAGUAUUACGUGGAGUUUGAGACGCAGUUCGGGAAGAAACACAAAAUCCUCGCUCCGGCGUGGAAGUUUGAGGGGGGAGAGGAUGUUUCGCCUAGGUGGGAUUGGGGGCCUGUGCCCAAUGGGGGCGUGUAG